AUGAAACUUAUCAAGAAGCUCUUUUUCGCAGAAGCUUUUUUCUUCUUUGAGGGAAAAUCAAUAGGAUAUUCCAUUCAUAAUCAUAAAAAGGAUCAAUUGAAGAAAAAACAAUCUAGUAUUCAUUUUACUCUAAUACUGAAUUUAUUAUUAAAAGCACGUACUUCUCCUAUCGUAUCAGGUAACUCUCGCCUGGUCAAAUCAAAAAAGAUACUAAAGAUACCAUCAAAGCCUUUCGGUAAGGUAACCUAA